AUGAGCCACUGUGCAGAUGUUGAGUGGGCCAUGGAGAGCGACCAGCUUCUUCAUCCUUUUGAUAGCAACUUUGACAUUGUGCGCUUGCGAGCGAUCAUCCUAUACCCAUCUUGCCCAGUGACGCUCUCCGUGCUCCGUGUAGUAUAUGAAGUCCAUGCGCUGCUUGUCAGCACUGGCUAG